AUGGCUGCGGGUGAUGAACGCGUCACGCUGGAGACCUUUGAUGGGUCAGAUGUGUCAACGUACCGGAGGUGGAAGCGCGGGGCACAGCUGAUGUUGGCUGCUAUGCCAAACACGGUUCCCAAAGAGAAGUAUGGGCCGCACCUGUUACAGUACAUCAAGGGAGAGGCCGAGCUUGUCUGUGAGGCGAUUCCUGUUGAGAAGCUGUGCCAGGAAGGUGGAGACAAAUUGGUCUUCGAGCUGUUGGACGAGAAGUACGGGCCACAGCCAACCGACCUCCUGCACCGUGCCUUGAAGGAUUUCUUCUAUGACUUGCAAGUCAAGAGCAGCGAGUCCUUCCAACAGUUCCAGGCGAGGUACUUCUAUGCCACGCAGAAGCUGGAGGAACAAGAAUUCAAGUCGUCUACGUCGUCCUCCACAACCGGCAAGGCGGCGGACACCAACGUCGUCGAGACCGACAACGAUGUGUUCGUCACUGAGGAUGCGGAGGUGAAGGAGCUGCUCCAGCGGUUCUCUAGCAAGAAGCAGGCAUGGGAGAAGAGGUUGGCCACGGACGUUGGCAACCCAGGAUUUGCCGACAGUCAUUCCACCGGCAAUCGGCAGCGUCCUUACCAGUGGCGCUCAGCAGGCCAUGGCAGGUGGGAACGUGAAGCCCGAUGGAGCGAGGCACCAGCGGACAUCCAGGUUGAGACUCGAAGCCCCGCGCCCGAAGUUUUUUGUCAGCGAGAUGUACUUCAAGACGUACUGAGCUCUGAUGCGCAUGAUAGCAAUGUAGAUUUUGACCCAGCUCUUGCUAGGUUCCUCGUAAUGAUGUCCAUCCGCCCAGCCGUGGUGAAGGGCGACCUCAAGGAGGCGGCCGAGGAGAUUGUGGGGGGAGUCCGAGCUCUCGACAAGGCGGCCGACAUGGACUCCGACGGCAACGACAUUGGUGUCAAAGGAUGUGUGAGCAUGCAAGUGGGAAAGUACAUGGGCAAGAUGACUCUCAGUCAGAUCUACUGCGGGGACAAAUCCUAUGUGGGCUGGGUAGUACUCUCGCGGCCGACCACGGAGUCCACGACGGACGGCCUCAUGCAGCUCAAGGUAUACAUUGCCCAUCGGGACGCGAAGAAGUACAACAGGCUCGCCAUGGAGAAGCUUGCGCAGGAGAACGUGGUGCCGAAGGUUGCCAAGGAGAUGUCGCCAGGGACAAGUCCACGCAAGCGACAGAGUCCAGCCAAGUCAUCCACAUCCGGGCCGAUGGAGACGGAGACCGAUGCCUGGAUCCGAGUCGACGAGAAUCCCAGAAUGGUGAAGCGCUGGCAGAACAUGGUUCAGGACAUGAUUGAGAAGGACGCGCGCCAGAAGAAGACGCAGGCAAAUCGCUGUCAUCGAGAUCCCGACCGUGUCAGGAUGAUUGUGGAGGUGCUGUGGCGGUGA